AUCCAACCAGUUGCUGCUAACGCAGUCACCGAGUACGUCAUGUUGACGGGUUAUCUUCGUGGCAGUGAGAGGUUUAUCUCUUUAAGAAAAACAACAAGUUCAAUUCCUUUAAGGAUUGGAUUGGAUGGAAAUAAACGUAGAUCUAUCUACACAAAUGAAAGGACAUCCAGCCGCCAGCAAAAUGAAAAACUCAAAACAAGCUAUUUGAGUGGGCCACGCCAUAUUCCUUUGCUUAGGCUAACCUUGGGCCAGUUGCUUCAGCAAGCUGCGGACCGAUUUGGAGACCGAACAGCUGCUGUUUUUGUUCAUCAAAACAUAAGAAAGACAUUUCAUCAAGUGCUGAUUGAAGCCGAUAAAAUAGCGGCUGGACUACGCUCAUUAGGAUUGAAACGUGGCGAUCGGAUCGGUAUCUGGGGUCCUAAUUCUUAUGAAUGGCUAUUAACGCAAUGGGCAGCAGCAAGAGCAGGACUGAUUCUUGUGAACGUGAAUCCCGCAUAUCAAGCUGCAGAACUACGUUACGCGCUAGAAAAAGUUGAAGUUAAAGCGUUGGUAGCGGCAAAAACUUUUCGUAACACGGACCUCAUAAAUAUCUUAAGCAAGUUGGUUCCGCAACUGGAACGACAAGGUGCCACUGAUAACGUUUCCAGUGAUGAAAUCCACGUUACUAGCGCUGCGGUACCAAGCCUUGAACGAGUAGUUAUACUAUCGGAUGAACCCCAAUACAGUGGGGCAAUAAUUUGGCAAGAUUUGAUGAACAUGGCGAAUCCAGCUCAGAUCGCUGAAGUCCACAACCUUCAACGAAAAAUUCAGGUUGAUGAAGCUGCUAACAUCCAAUUCACUUCGGGAACAACAGGAAACCCAAAAGGAGCAACACUUUCCCAUCACAAUAUUGUAAACAAUUCUUAUUUUGUCGGACUGAGAUUAGGCUAUGACAAAAAAUUCCAAACGAUUUGCAUCCCUGUCCCACUGUACCAUUGCGCUGGAUGUGUGGUUGGCGUAUUAACUGCAGCUUCACAUGGGGCAACUUGCGUUUUUCCAAGUUCUGUCUUUAGCGCAAAGGAAGCAGUCAAAGCAAUCCAUAACGAAAAAUGUACAGCCUUGUAUGGCACCCCUACAAUGUUUGUCGACGUCCUCAAUCUCCAUAAUUUAAAAGAAUACGAUCUAAAAAGCCUGUAUACUGGUAUUAUGGCUGGAGCACCAUGUCCAGAAGAAAUAGCCAAAGGAACCGUAGCUGACUUAAACAUGAAGGAUUUUGCGAUUUUAUAUGGAAUGACGGAAUGCAGCCCGACGACAUUCAUGACAUUACCUACGGACAGUUUCGAAUUGCGCUGUUCUACAGUUGGUUACCCUUGCGAACACGUCGAAGUGAAAAUCGUCGAUCCACACACAAAUGAGAUCCUGCCUCUUAACACCCCAGGAGAAAUCUGUACAAGAGGCUACAAUACUAUGUUAGGGUAUUGGAAUCAACAAGACAAGACUGACGAAGUUAUCAAGGACGGGUGGAUACACUCCGGAGAUAUAGGAGUACUCGAUGAGAAUGGCUAUGGUAAAAUUGUUGGAAGGAUUAAGGAUAUGAUUAUACGUGGAGGAGAGAACGUUUAUCCACGCGAAAUUGAAGAGAUCCUUCACACCCACCCUUCCAUCCAGGAGGCACAGGUUAUAGGGGUGCCUGAUGAAAGACUAGGUGAAGAAAUUUGUGCUUGGGUUCGACUCAAAUCCCAAGCUACUGCAGAUCCUCUUGAACUGAAGAAUUUUUGUUCUGAAAGGAUGGCCUAUUUCAAAAUUCCUCGAUACUGGGUGUUUAAGGACAAAUUUCCCCUCACUGUGACUGGAAAAGUGCAGAAGUUUAUCAUGAAAGACAUUUCCAUUAAAGAGCUGGGUCUUUAAUUCUAGGAAAAAUGUGCAAUCUAAAACAAUGGUACAGAGGUUAAAACGCUAUCUUCAUAAAUAAUAACAUUAUCAUCGAUCGCCUUAAUAAUUUACUGAAUUGUCAAGCAUACGACAGAAACACGGCAAUAACUUACUUUUUGAUAAUUUUCAC